AUGAAGCUUCCGAUGAUGCUGCGCACCACGACACAGCGCGGUCUGCGCACUACAGCCACAAUCCGAACGAUUUCAACGAGGUCGGCCUUGACAGCGACGAUCCGCAAAAACGUGUCGGCUCUCCCGACCAAAAUCAUUGUGACAAGAGCAUUCUCACAACGCACACCCAUGGUCUCCAGCCGCUGGUUCAGUAUGUCUCAGAAAAUGGCGCAGCCAACUGCCAAAUACACAGCCUCUCCGCUCACGGACAGCCAAUAUCACAAACUCUCCAAUAACGUGCUCGACUCGCUACAAGAGACGUUUGAGACACUGCUGGAAGAAGCAGACGUAGAAGCGCUCGAAGAGGAAGCUCGAGCCAAGCAGCAGAGUGCAACUCGAGCGGCACCUGCUUCGGAAUGGGACAUCGAAUGCGCUUCUGGUGUGAUGAACCUGAGAUGCGGAGCUCACGGCACCUGGGUCAUCAAUAAGCAGCCGCCCAACAAACAGAUUUGGCUGUCAAGUCCGAAGAGCGGACCCAAGCGAUUCGAUUUCGAUGCAGACAGCAACACUUGGUUCUGUCUCAAGGAGGGCGAGACAUCAACGCUUGACCAACUUUUACAGGACGAGCUCUCGCUAGUCUUUGGCACCGAAGUACAGGUGUUGCUUGAGGACGAAUGA